UUCAAUGUAAAUGUAUGUUGAAUUCCGUGUUGUGCCCUUUCCAGUAAACAUCUAAGUUUUAUCCCCUUUCCUCAUAUCAUAUCCUCCCACACACAAAAACAUUAGACACAAAAUCACAUGUUUACUUCUGCAAAAUCAUUACUCUAGCCUAAAUGCUUUUGAAAUUGUCUUUUUUUUUUCUUUCUUUUUUUUUUACAACACUUGAGACAAUUCAAUUAAAUAUGCCCAACAAGGCCAAAACUAUGCGGGUUUCUUUUUUUCUAUGGGAAUCAGGAUCUUUCAAAUAGAUUUUCUUCAAGGUUUACAAGGGCCUUUGUCACAGGGUAACAGCCAUAAGUUGCUGUUUUGCUGUUUAACUGUGUGUAACUUCCUGUAUGACAGACACUUCCUCUUCUGAAUUUGGAGAUAUACGCAAGCAUGAACCAGCGUGAUCUAAAAUGGUGUCAGCUCAUCUUCUUCUGGUGUUCGCUGUGAUGUUUAUCAGUCAUCUGAGCUCCAACACAGUAUCCAGUGACACAAUCCAACCAACAGCAAUAACUGUUCAGAAAGGACAUCCUGUUCAUCUUACUAUACAAAAACGUGCAAAAGAGAUCCCAGAAUUUGAUGAUUUGGAAUGGCUAAAAGAUGAUUUAAAUAUUGUAGUCUCGUAUGAUUUUAGAGAAGUAAAGAUUCGUUCUUCCUAUAAAGAAAGAGUGGAUUUUAACACUGGAAACUACUCUCUAACACUGAAGAACAUACAGGAGACAGACAGUGGUCUCUACACUGCUAGAACAAGUGGAGACUCACUUACCGUCAUUGGAAAAUACAAUGUGACUGUUGUAUCCAGUGACACAAUCCAACCAACAGCAAUAACUGUUCAGAAAGGACAUCCUGUUCAUCUUACAAUACAAAAACGUGCAAAUGAGAUCCCACAGUUUGAUGAUUUGGAAUGGCUAAAAGAUGACUUAAAUAUUGUAGUCUCGUAUGAUUUUAGAGAAGUAAAGAUUCGUUCUUCCUAUAAAGAAAGAGUGGAUUUUAACACUGGAAACUACUCUCUAACACUGAAGAACAUACAGGAGACAGACAGUGGUCUCUACACUGCUAGAACAAGUGGAGACUUACUUACCGUCAUUGGAAAAUACAAUGUGACUGUUGCCUCAUUGGUCUGUGACAUACAGGAGCUUUUAAAUGCCCCUCUCUACAGCAGCAGCUUCUGGUUCACCGAGUGUUUCACACAAAACGCUCUACUUCCUCUUCUAGUAGGUAACACAUCAUCACAGCAAGACAGACUCCAUCCGUCUGUUGCAAUGGAAAUUGGUCACUUUCUCGUGUUCUUCAUGACAGUUCUGAUCUCCAGCACAGCAUCUGGACCUGGAGACCAUGUGUUCAUACGGACAGGAGGCUCUGUUGAACUGGAUAUAAAAAAUAAAACACUGCCAAAGUUUGAUAGAUUAUUCUGGAUGAAAGAUAAAUCAGAAAAUAUUGUCAGAUUCGCAAGUCAGUCUGGAGAUAUAAAAUAUUACAGUUCAUAUAAGAUCAGAGUGGAGUUUAAUACUGAAACCUUCUCUCUAACACUGAGGAACAUGAAGAAGACAGACAGUGGACUCUACAGAGCGAAAACAAUAGAAGAACAAGAAAUAUAUGUUGCUGAACACCACGUAUCAGUUAUAGAUCCAGUGGAUUCUCCUGUUCUGAACUGGAACGCCACCAGAAUAAGUGUUAACGCCUGUAUUGCGGACGUCUCAUGCAGUGGGCGUGAUCAUACAAUCAGCAACAGCUACCACAGCAACAACUGCACUCAGGAGGAAGUGACAUCAUUUGGAAUCCAGACUCUAGCCCUGUAUUGUAUCGAGAACGUAGUUGUUUGUAACUACAGCAACACAGUCAGCUGGAAGAAUGACACAAAAGAGAUUAAACAACUUUGCCCACCUGAUGAAGCUUUCAUUUUAGAAGAAAAUCCCAAAGACAAUGGUUCUUUUCCUCUCCAUUGGCUCCUGGUCAUCGCCGGUGUAUCAGUGUUGGUUUUCACAGCAGUUUCUGUAAUAUGCUGCUCUUACAAGAAGCGUAAAAUGAUAAAUCUCUUAGGUGCUCAACAGAAUGAUCAGACAGUCUAUGCACAAGUUCAGCCGAGGAAUGAAGUGCAAAGACCCCUGGAAAUGUUGGAGAAAUCAGCGAAUCCACAAACUAUGUAUGGAUUUACAGGGGAACACAAACAAACUCACAAUACCAGUCAGACAAUACCUAGUCCUCAGAUACGGGAACAGGCACAAACAGAAAAUCGCCCCAGCACCACCUACAGUACAAUAGGACAACACCAACCGCCAUUUGCUUCUGAAACAGAUCAUACAAUUUAUUCAGUAGUGUGUAAAUCCGCGCAGGGCAGACAACCUGUGCAUAAAUAGCAGAGGUUAAACAUAUGUUAGUCAAUAGAUAUCAUACGAUAAUUUUAAAGAUAUUUUUAACAUGUCAUGGCAAGUAUAAUUAGUAAUGAGUGGUAAUAUUGCUGAUAACUGUUUUGUUGAAGUUGACUUGUUGCCAUUAAACUGUUUGUUUUUUUGUUUAA